AUGACUCCACCAGAUCAAUCAGCAAAUUCGCUCAUUCAAGAAUGUAUUCGCAUCAAGUUAGAACAAUUACGUCAGGCUAAAAGUCAACUAAACUCGCUAAGUGCAUCUCCUUGUCCUUUUGAUCUUCCGAAUUAUUUUAAUCGAUCAUCUUCAGUUACAUCAUUGAAUGGUACGACAAAAUCAACGAAACAAUAUUAUUUAGUUUCUAAACAUUUCACUUCUCCAACUAAUAUUAUCCCGUUAAUAUAUGAUCGACAAGUAAUGCUUGAAUGCUUAUAUACCAAUGAUUCAACAGCAUAUGGAACAGUUCGUGUUCAUAAUAUUUCUUUUGAAAAACGUGUUUUUAUUCGUUUAACUGAUAAUGAGUGGCAAACAUCUCAAGAUAUUUACGGAUGGCAUUCAAUGAAUUAUAAAAAUAAUAAUACAGAUACGUUUACAUUUGAAAUACGUUUGAAAAAAUAUGAUGACAGCACAAAAGUUCCAAAACAAAUUAGUUUUGUUAUUUGUUUACAAGCUGCAAACCAAGAAUUUUGGGAUAAUAAUCUUGGAUGGAACUAUUCAUUAGAUGUUCUUGAAAGGCGACAAUAA